UCAAGACACUCAAGAACAGAACAACUCAAGAUACAGGAAGAGAAACACAAUGAACGCAUAUGUGAAGACAAACACAUUCUACAUUUCAAUCUGGUUUUGGCUCAUUUUAGGUGUUGAAAGCUACAGCGGUUGGUCAAACCAUGUAUUAACUGUUUAUCCUGGAGGAUCUGUCACCAUCCCAUGUUAUUAUGACAAGAAAUACACACAGCAGAAGAAAUCCUGGUUCUCACUGAUUGAUAAAACACACACAUACACAAACACAACAGAGCAGAAUCUAUCAGUAAUUGAUCAUCCUGAUCAGAGUCUCUUUACUGUGACUAUGAGAAACCUGCAGAACAAACACAAUGGACAUUAUUAUUGUGUUGUGGAGACUGGAGAACAACCACCGAAAAAAACAAUAUAUGAGCCUUAUCUCAAGAUUCAGUCUACUCCUGAUGUAUCUUUGAUGAGCAGCAGUGUCUCUGGACAUGAAGGUGGUGAUAUCAGUGUUCAGUUUCUCUACAGUUCUGGAUAUCAGAAUAAAGUCAAACAGUGGUGCAGAUAUAAAGAUCAGAGAUGUUACACAGUGGGGAGCGCUGACACAUCCCAGAAUCCAUCAGUGCAGAUCAGUGAUGAUGAUGGGGGAAGAUCCUUCACUGUGCUGAUGACUGGACUGAGACGGACUGAUUCUGGCUGGUACUACUGCUCUGUAGGAGAUCUGCAGGUUCCUGUUCAACUCCUUGUUCAGAGAGACAAUGAAAAUAAAAGAGAUGCAAUGAAUCCUGUUCUCAUCACUGUUCAGAGAGACAGUGAAAAUAAAAGCUGGUAUUUCUGCUCUGUAGGUGAGGCACUGAAUCCUGUUCACAUCACUGUAACGGAGGCAGAACCAGGCAUUGUCAGUAACAAAGAAAAUCAAACAGGGAUUCUCAAGAAACAUAAUAAUGAAACAAAAGACAAGGAGAAGGCACAAAAUAAUGGACUCCUGAUUGUGUGGCUUCUUCCAGCUUUAGCAGCACUUCUGCUGUUCUUGAUUCUGGUCGGUGUUUUCACCUGGAGAUGGAGACGGAGACCCAAACAAGAUAAACCUCACAUCAGAGGGAGAAACAGCAGCAGAACCACUGACAUGGAUCCCAACAAGGACAUAACCUACAGCACUAUUGUUCAUGAUCCUGGGAGUGAAGCGAUGAAGUCUCCAUCAGGUGAAGCAAUAAACAGCAUAAUAUACAGCACUGUGGCUCCACACUGACAGCAGCAGAGAGAACAACAAAAGAACAGACCAAGAGAAACACAAUCAGACUGUCAUCACACACCUUUCUAUUAUCUUACAGU